AUGAAUCUGCAUUUUAAGAAACUGGACAGGCUACCGACUGAUUACAAGUAUAUUCUCAAAUGGACUGAUGCAUACGCGCAUUAUAUGACGCCGUUGAAAAGGAACCACCAAAAUGUUUUCGUUGAUUCCAAUUGCUCGUUCGUCAAUUGCUAUCUAACGACCGAUAGGCGUCUUCUCUCCGACGUCAGGCACUUCGAUGCUAUUUUGUUCGACGUCGAAAAUAAUUGGGACUUCCAUCCCCUAAUUAGAAGUCCUUACCAGAAGUUUAUAUUCGUUGCAAUAGAAUCAGCAGCAAGCUAUCCUCUAUGCUACAAGGGUUGGGAUAACUACUUCAACCUCACUUGGACGUAUAGACUGGACUCUGAUAUCCGCUGGUCGUAUAUUACUGUUCUGGACAAAAAUGGUACGGUUGUUGGUCCAAAAGUAGACAUGAAUUGGGUUGACCCAAUGGAUCCUGCUCCAGAAAGUGUAAUGAAGGUCAUAAAAGGGAAGAAUAAGACGGCAGCUUGGUUUGUCUCUCAUUGCAAGUCCAAGGGCAAGAGAGAGGAUUACGUGGAUAAGUUGCAAGCUGCUCUAAGGAAGUAUGGGUUGGAAGUUGACAUAUUCGGAUGGUGCGGAAAACUCCAGUGCACCAAAGAUCGGCUGUCAGAUUGUCUGAAAAUCGUGGAGCAGGAAUAUUUCUUCUAUCUGGCAUUUGAGAAUUCCCUCGCGGAGGACUAUGUGACUGAGAAGCUGCUGUAUGCUGUGCAUCAUCACACUGUUCCUAUUGUUUAUGGUGGCGCUAACUACUCACGAUUCCUUCCCCCAGGCUCGUAUAUAAACGCGAGGGAGCAUGAACCUAGGAUUGUUGCUUCUAUGAUGCAUAAGGCUAUCAACAAUCCUCAAGUUUACGAGGAUUAUUUUCGGUGGCAUAACUACUACACAUACAAGCGCUCGCCUGAAGACACUGACGUUUGCAAUCUGUGCGAGCGUCUCAACGAGCCCUUGACAUUUAGAGCUGUGAAAAACCUAAGAAAGUGGUGGCUGGAGGAUUAUGAAAAAGUUUGCAAGGUCGAAGUACUAAAAAACAACACUGAGAAGCGUAAGAGUUUGCGAGUCAACCCUGCUAGCGUGUGCCAUACUAGAUAA